AUGUGGAAGUUUACCCCCGUGUCUGAGGAUGAUAUCGCCAAGAAGUUAUUUAAUCUUUUGACAAAAGCUCAACGCAAUCGGGUCGAUGAUCAACGUGGACUUUUGAAGAAAGAAGACCUCGUUCUACCAGAUUUUCUACGCCUCAAGGUUCCCAUGCCUGAGCCUAGCUCCUCCACACCUGUAGCAAAUAAAGUGAAUGGCAAGAAACGUGAGGACAAAAGCCAAACAGAUACUUCUGUGAACAAAGCUUUCAUCUCAGCACAACAGUCUGAUAAAUUAGAGUUUAUAGACUCCAGCCCAACUAAUCCGUCUACGCUGAAUUUUAAUGAAAAUCCCAACAAUCUAAAAGGCAAGCCAAUGCAUCAACAAGACAGCCGGCAUUGGCCUGUUUCAGUGCCAUCCCAUCUUGUAAAACCAGAUAUUCAGCAGUUACAUGAUGUCCCCUUUCAUGCACCAGUCUCUCCAAUUCUACAUGUGAAUGACCAGAGGUGGGAAGGACAUUCUGGAGAUAGGCAGUCUGAAAUAAUACAGCCUUGUGAAGAUGAGAAUGUAUCUGAUCUGACUCUAGUGGCAGAAGGUGAUAUCAGUAGCCCCAACAGUACAUUGUUACCUCCCUCACUAACACCAUCAUCCAGUAUCAGUAAACUGGAUGUAGCUAACUAUACUCCACCAACCCCCUGCUCUGAUGAUCAGAAGAACUCUUCACACCACAGAUCCGCUUCAGGUUCAACUAAUGAAACCAGGAAGAUUUCGUGGAAUACACCUACUCGCUUUGUGCAGAAUUCUGGCAAGACACAGACGAGCAUAAACUGUGAAACUUUUGCAGUGAGCCCCACCCAUUUCCGGUGUGAUGUUGCAACACUUCCUGUAAACAAGAUUAUUGACAUUGAUGGAGUGAUGUUAGAAGAUACAAUUGUUAGAAAUGAAGAGCCAGAUGGAAAUCUGAGUUUUGAAGGAUAUAUUUCUGAAUUGAAAUGUUCUAAGGGACGGAUGCGCACAGGAGUUUAUCGUAUGUCAGAUUUGCCAUCUCUGAUCACAGUAAAGAGUGAGAGGAAAAAUACCUCAGAAUCUCCGCAUAAAGCUACCUUUGUCUGAACCUGCAUCAAACAGACAUUUUAAAUAAAUAAUACAAAGAGUGUGAUGCUACUAAUCUUUGGAAAAUGUAGAUGUAUAUAUAGGAAUUACUGUAAUUGUCAGCAUCAGCAAUUAUUAUAACACUGUAUUUAGUCACCCCCAGCGAUAAUUGGAAACAUAGAACAAAAAUUAUCCAAAGUGUCCUUUUUUGGACAAAAUAUAAACUUUUAAAAAUUGAAGCAGAUAAUAUUGGACUAAUCAAAAAAUCUUGUAUUCAUUAUAUGUACAAGAUUCUAGUAGAUACUGCAACAAAAUAAAAUAUUAGAAAUAUAUUUUAUCCAGUAUUUAUAGUAAUCCAUCCCAAAUAGAUUAUGAUGGGAUAGCUUUGAUUGAACACAAGGUAAAAUGUAAAGUGGGUGAAGCUUGUGUGAAUAUAAGGAUCUAUUAAUUUAGGUCUCUGUGCCUAUUUCAAAAUACAUGUAGAAAUAUGUUCUCGAACAGGGUUAAUCAAAUUACAAUAAGUAUCUUAAUGUUCAUUAGAAUAUAUAAUGUUUUGCUAAGGAAAAGUAAUUCUAUCAAAUUACCCCAUUCUAAAUUUUAGAAGGAUUGUCCUGGUGCCUCAGUGGUUCUAUACUGUUUUUUAUAACUUGGUUAGAUGUUGCAUGAUAUAUUGUACAUAAUUCUACUUUUAUAUAUGAUGCAUCUCAGUGAUAACAUGAAUAGCACCAACAGCCACUAGUACAGAAUUCAACUCACUCAAAGGAGAAUGUUCCCAAAAUGUCUGAUCCCAUGCUGCUCAACAUACUAAUAAAUAGACAUGACACUCUGCAGUGGAGUUGUUGACAUCUCUCUUUAUAGCUCUGGCUUGAAAGAAGUAGAAUAUACUCUUCCCUUAACUGUUUUAUUUUGUAGGUUAUUAUUGUAUAAAUCAC